AUGGACCUGGAAAGGCUCAAGCAAAACCUCCGGCUUCGCUCCGGACGGUUGAAGAAAUCUCGCAAACCCGGAGGGCGGGCAGAAUCUGCUGUCGCUACUCAGACCAAAGUGUCUGUUCCACGGGACAAGCCGAGCAGUCCUGUGCCUGUGCAACGAGACACUCGGCCAGCGAAAACAGCACCAUCUGGUCCUCCUCAAGAGGAGCCUUCGCUUCGCAACUGGGACACUGGCACGGCGCUCCCUCAGAUUACUUCUCCUUGUUCACCAAAGCGACAUUCCGAGAUACUCCAUACGUCUACUCUCUCGGACGCAAAUCCCAAUCUGCCAAAAACGUCGUCACGAUACGGCCGGUCAGGGAUAGAACGACCCCGAACAAGUACAUCAUCUAAGCCAGCACAAAAGCCUCUGCCUGUCCAGCGUACCUUGUCCGACACCGAUGCUGGAGUGGCAGUGAUAUCUGAUACCUCUGAUGCCCUGGACUUUGACCUCCGUCCACCGCCGCCUCGACAGAAACCGCCCUCAGUGGAGUCACUGUCCGAGUCUUUAUUCUCGUGGGGAUAUCUCAACAUUCUCCUUCGACGGCCAGAGUAUCUGGCUCGCUUUACUUCCUUUCUGGCCAAAUACCAGCCGGAAAGUCAGCCGAUCCUCCUCAGGUAUCUAGAGACCCAGAAGGCUAUGAAAGCCAUCGAGUAUGCCAACGCUGUGGCCGAAGGAAUUGACCCUCUUCCCCCAGUCGAUCAGAGGUCGGGGAGUAUUCGACCAUCUACUGCUGCCACCGUCGACAAGGCUUUUGAGGAGUGGAGUGCUUCAGCAUUUCGCAUAUUGACGGACGUCGCUCUUCCCGCCUAUAUCACUUAUAACCUGGUGAAAGUCGUUAGUGACUGUCUCAUUGACGAGAUUACAGGGAGACAAACGCCAUUGCUGGGUGAUCUGGUUGGGGGUCUGUCCGAGGUCUUUUGCCUUACCGACCCCAACCAGGAAGACAAUCCCAUCAUCUACGCCAGUGCCGAGUUCUACCGUUUUACAGGAUAUGGACCCGACGAUGUGAUCGGGAGGAAUUGCCGAUUUCUUCAGGGACCCAGAACGAAGCGGGAGUCGGUCGCAAGGCUCAGGAGAAGCAUUGUUGAGGGCCAAGGAAUCUCCGAAACGUUGCUGAACUAUCGCAGAGAUGGUCGGCCGUUCAUCAAUUUGUUAAUGAUCGCGCCACUCCAUGACGACAAAGGGAACGUGAAAUACCACAUUGGUGCCCAAGCAGAUGUGACUGGUCUGGUCGAACGUGGGAAAGGUUUGGUCGGGUUCGAGCGAUAUCUGGUGACACAGGAAAUCGAGAAACGGGAGCAGGAACUCAAUAGCAAGAUCGGCAAGGAAGAUCCCGUCCAUACACAGAAAUCUAGAGCUCUGGCAAAGCUCCGAGAACUUAGCCAGACGUUCGACCUCGAAGAAUCCGCCAUUGUGCGGUCGCAGUCUCGGUCCGCUUCCACGACAAGAAACGGUGAGGAAGGGAGCAUUGGCAGCGGCCGAAGAGCGUCACGACGUCUGAUAGCCGACUUUGACCCUCCUUCAGAAAAUGAAGAUGAACGAAUCACUGCAAAUGACGAUACCUGGAAUCUUGGCCAAUCUGGACCAUUCGGCUCUUCCGGGAAGCUGCCCGGCGUUUAUGAUAGCUAUAUGCUGAUCAGACCGGCGCCCUCCUUGAGGAUUGUGUUUGUCUCCCCUAAGCUACGUCGACGACUGGGCGAUGUUAUCCAGCACCCAUUCCUGUCUCAUGUUGCUGCUCCGUCCAGAACACUAGCUGGGCUCAAGGAGAGUCUCGGGACAGGUGUUCCGGUCUCUGCCAAGAUACACUUCAUGCUCAACCGGGGCGAGCGGAGAGAUGGAACAAAGAUAAGUGCAGAUAGGAAGCCGGAUGAAACAGGACAAAGUCGAGUCUGUUGGGUCUCCGCAACCCCGUUGUUGGGCAGCGACGAUAGGAUUGGUGUGUGGAUGGUCGUGGUUGUCGACAAGACCAAAGUGUUUGCAGCAUCUAAACUUGAAAGAGAAGCAGGGAAAAAUGUGACGGAAGUCCCUAUAUCUGGCAGGACGCACGGCGCAGGUAACUCGAACCUCAGUUACCUGAACCUCGAUAUCCCGGUUCAUGAUCCUCCUGGACAACGGCGUCAAUCCCAACGCGACCCAACACCAAAGCAAGAUAUGCCGGCUGAGGAGAUGCCUGUCAAGCCCGCCAAGCUCGAACAGGUGGCUGAACAAACAAGCACUGUUCAAUCACCCACUUCGAUAAGUAUGGGCAGCACGUUGACUGCAAAUCAGGAGAAGAAAAGGGAUCUACCCGCGGCACAACAAGUUGAAGAACGGCGGCCAAUUGGGGCAGAAGAGGCUCAUGCCGAUGCAGACUCGGAUUUCAUUCCAGUCGGGAAGACCGACGCAAGACUCUCUGACGGCAACGUGCCGUCCCCAGAUAAGGACUUCGCGGAGGGUAUUCCACAACCACAAACACCGGAGCAGCCAGAAUGGGCUCAGCAUGAGCCCAACCAUGACGGUGAACCAGAAGCACCGACGGCUUCAGAAGUCGACGGUGCUCUUGAGAAUGAGUUGGCUGGUAUCAAGUCCGGGCUGGAGAGGCUAUCCUUGGACUCACGAAACAUGCAAAACAUGCAUGCAGCAUUCCAAAACGAGGCAGACUUGUUCCAUGGUUUUUCAGACAACGAAGAUACUCCUAGACGGCCCGAGCAUCUGAGUCGUUUUGACAGCCGCUCUCAUUCCCAUUCCCCUUCCCAAUCGGGGUCCGUUAUCGUAGAUCAUUCAGCCCCAAUAUCACACAACGGUAUACAUUACCUGGAAUACCUUCGUCAUCCGGGAAGCAGAUCGUCUUCGGAAUACCAUCGUGGAAUGCCUGGAAGUGGGAUACUGUCGUCAAUAUACCACCCGGAGAGCGGUGAAUACUACUCGGCGGAUGAUGGUGAAGAUUUUAAUGACGACCAGUGUGCAAGAACUCCAUACAGCGUCGACUGA